AAUUAGAAACUAUACAGAUAUAUUUACUUAAAUUGACAUUUAUUUGUAUCGCAAAAAAUAAUGCAAUGUACAGUAUUUUAGCUUUUUUCUUACGUGUGUUAGUAUUUGAGCUUAUCUAAAUAUUUAAAUGUAGAAGUAGUGGUGCGUGUUUUUAUUAUGAAGGAGAUGAGGCGGCUAGGUGUUUUUUUGAUACGCGCUACAGCAUAAGCUAACAAGAUGGCAGAGUACUUAGCAUCCAUUUUUGGCACAGAAAAAGACAAAGUGAACUGCUCUUUUUAUUUUAAGAUUGGUGCCUGCCGACAUGGUGACCGCUGCUCCAGAUUACACAACAAACCGACAUUUAGCCAAACUGUGGCAAUGCUCAACAUUUACAGGAACCCUCAGAACAGUGCCCAGUCCAUGGAAGGUCUGACCUGUAACAUCAGCGACAUGGAGAUGCAGGAACAUUAUGAUGAAUUCUUUGAGGAGGUCUUCACAGAAAUGGAGGAAAAGUACGGCGAAGUGGAAGAAAUGAACGUGUGCGACAACCUCGGCGACCAUCUAGUUGGGAAUGUUUACGUGAAGUUUCGCAACGAGGAGGAUGCAGAGAAGGCGGUGCUGGACCUGAACAACCGCUGGUUUAACGGACAGCCCAUCCACGCCGAGCUCUCCCCCGUCACAGACUUCAGAGAAGCCUGCUGUCACCAGUAUGAGACGGGCGGUUGCACUCGCGGGGGUUUCUGUAACUUCAUGCAUCUGAAGCCCAUCUCGCAUGACCUGAGGAGACAGCUGUACGGCCGCCGCAGGAAGAGCCGUCAAAGACCUCGGUCAAGAGACAGGGAGUCCGGCUCGAGGGACAGAGGCCGUAAGGCAGAACACGACCACAAGAGGCGGCGCUCCAGAGACAGAGAACGCUCAGGACGGUUCUGAGCAACCUCCUCCUCUGAUUACACUCUUUUUAAUGUUGGGUCCUACAACAUCUGUUGUAGGAAUGACUAAAUAUGUUUUAAAGCUGUAGCUUUUUUCUUUGGUUUUGUUUUUUUGGAAAAUGACUUCAUUAAAUUUUAAAUCCUUGCUUAACAAAACGGAUUCUUUCCCCAGUGUAUCCUAAAAAAAUACAUUUCUUAAAUGGACUGCUAUAUUUUAUAGAGAUUUUGUCAAGGGACACUUUUAUUUUUUUAAAUAAACAUUUUACAUUCUC